ACUGAUGGGGAGGAAGGGAAAGGAAAGGCAGGAAUAAGAAAGGUGAGGCAGGAACCGAGAGCUUUGCCGACUGGGCGGGCCGGACCAGGGGGAGGAGGGAGGAGGGAGGAGGUACACAGCUGGGUACUGCAGGGCGGGGCGCCGAGCCGGGCCCGCUCCAGCCCGCAGGUGAGGUCUGGCUGAGCGCAGCGCAGCCGCGCAGUGGAGGCGCCUCCGCCGCCAGCCUCGGGCUCCUGGGGCAGCCUCUGGGGACCGCGGGAACAGUGGCCGGAGAUCCUCGUGCCCCCGGAUGAGGAGGAGGGCGAGCAGGAAUCAUGGGCGGCCGUAGCCGCGGCUGGGCGGCGGGGCCGCUGCCGCUGCCGCUGCUGCUGGCGGGGCUGCUGCAACUAGGCGCGGCGGCGCAGGUUGGGCGCUGGACAGAAGUUGAAAUUUCUCUCCCACCUGGAGACAACAUCACUGUUUUUGUAAAGCGUGGGACUUUAACUUGGCCAACAAACCUCUGCAACAUUAUUUUCCAGAGAAGACGCCUUCCCUCGUUGAUCAUCAAACGUGGUGAAAAAGCUGUCUUUACAUUUGAGUGCUCUGAUCCAGAGAAGCAUUAUGUCCUGGAAGUCCAGAAGAAUAUAGACUGCAUGUCCGGUCCAUGUCCUUUUGGAGAAGUUCAGCUCCUGCCUUCCAGAUUACCUGCCUUAAACAGGACAUUCAUCUGGAACGUGAAAGCCAGCCCCAAAGUUGGCCUCGAGCUGCAGUUCUCCAGCCCUCGGCUGCAACAGAUUCGUCCGGGAGAGACUUGCCCAGACCUAGUUACCUAUAGCAUCAGUAGCUCUGUUGAGAAGACGGCGGUCAACAUCGGAACCUUUUGUAGCAAUGGUACAGUCUCACGAAUCAAGAUGCAAGGAGGGGUCAAGUUGGCCUUAUACUUACCAUGGAAUGAAAACAGAAACUUUUCCGGCUUUAAUAUCACAAAUCGAUCUUCUAUAAGACGACUUUGCAUUAUUGAAUCUGUGUUUGAAGGAGAGGGGUCAGCCACCCUGAUGUCUGCCAACUACCCAGAUGGGUUCCCAGAAGACGAGCUCAUGUCAUGGCAAUUUGUCAUCCCCCCUCACCUCCGAGCCAGCGUCUCUUUCCUCAACUACACCCUUUCCAACUGUGAGAAGAAGGAGGAAAGGGUUGAGUACUUCAUCCCAGGAUCACUCACUAAUCCAGAAGUGUUUCAACUUGGAGAUAAGCAGCCCGGGAACAUGGCUGGAAAUUUCAAUCUGUCCUUGCAAGGCUGUGAUCAGGAUUUCCAAAAUCCUGGGGCUCUCCGACUGCUCUUUCAAGUUUUGGUUCAGUACCCUCAGAGUGAAGGCAACAAGGUCUAUACAGUUAACCUAAGCAACGAAAGAGCCAUGUCUCUGAGCAUUGAGCCAAGACCUCUCAAGACAAGCCGGCGCUUUGUUCCCGCCUGUUUAAUCUGUGAGGGGCCUACAAGAUGCAGCUCCAACCUGACCCUGACAUCUGGCAACAAAUACGAGAUUUCUUUCCUUUGUGAUGAUUUGACCCGCCUGUGGAUCAUUGCAGAAAAAUCAAUCAGUUGUACAGACAUCGGAUACUGUAGCAGGAAGAGCUACCAACUUCUGGUCCCCAGUGACAUCAUCCAGCUGCCCGUUGAGCUACGUGACUACACAUGGAAGCUGUUCGUUCCCAAGGACAAAAUCAGCCUCCAGAUGAGCCCUGCCCAAAAGCUUCAGCAGCACACUCACGACAAGAAUUGUGAGACCACGUUUAGUUACAUGCUAUCCAGCGCUGUCCAAGGCCAGAACCUCUAUUUUGGCUCCUUUUGCCCUGGAGGGUCAAUCGAAAAGAUUCAAGUGAAAACCAACAUCUCGGUGGUCCUGAGAACAUUCUCACCAGGGUUCUUCAAUGAGUCUUUCAGACAGGGGAUGAAUGUGACUUUUAUACCUUCUUUCAAAGAUGAAGGCAUUUUCACUGUGACCCCAGACUCCAAAGCCAAAGUUUACUUGCGGACUCCUAACUGGGACCGGGGGCUGCCCCCUUUAACCUCGGUGUCCUGGAACAUCUCAGUCCCCCACGAUCAAGUGGCCCACCUGACGUUCUCCAAGGAGCGGAUGGGAGUGUCCUGUGAGACGGGCCGGGCCUUCAUGAUCAUCCAAGAGCAGAAGGCAAAGGCCGAAGAGAUUGUCAGUCGGGAUGACGAGCCACUGCCCAAGCCAAGAGACUUACAUCACAACUUCUGGGUCAAUAUUUCCAACUGCAGCCCGAUGCAAGGCAAACAGCUAGAUCUUCAGUUCUGUGUGUCUCUUACUCCAAGGAAGAUGGAUAUGAUGGUGAUCAUCCUUGCAGCUGUGGGUGGUGGAUCAACGCUGCUCUUUGCUCUGGGACUCCUCAUUUGUUAUGCUAAAAAGAGCAAGAACAAAAAGGAUUCCAAGGAGCCUGCAGUGGGUAUAUACAAUGGCAAUAUUAAUACUCAGAUACCUGGGAAGGCAGGGAAGUUCCAGAAAGGACGCAAAGAAAACGAUUCCCACGUCUAUGCGGUCAUUGAUGACACCAUGGUGUAUGGACAUUUGCUCAACGGCUCAAAUGGGUCUUCCACCAGUCCCGAAGUAGAUGUGUAUCGACCCUUCCAGGGUCCCAUGGGGGAUAGACCUCCCUCCCCACCUCCCAUCUGCUCCAGGAUCUCUACCAAAAAACUCCAUCCAGAGGACCCUCGCCCAUUCCUCCUUUCCGAGUCUGAUGGGGAACCCUAUACUUUCUCUCAUCCCAAAACAGUAGCACUCAAAGGGAAUGAAGAUAAUGGCAUACCCUUGCUGGAAAAGAAAGAACCAGAAGAAGUCAUGGAAUGACGUGGAAUCCCUUUCCCCACAAAAAAAAAAAAACAAAAAAAAACCUCCCUCAAAAA